AUGAUCUUUGAACCAGCAGAGAGGGUUCUGCUUCCAACAAAGGACCUAUUGUCCUAUAUUUUUGACGAUCCACCAUAUGACCAAGAUCAGCCAAUCUAUGUCGACGUCAACAAUCCCACUCGGUCGAUCUCCUGUAACCAGGCACGAAAGCUCGUUCGUCAGCUCAUAGCCGGCCUGCGGGCGUCUGGCCUACAGAAAGGCGAUUGUAUUCUCAUUCAUUCUUUCAACGAUAUAAAUUAUAGCAUUCUUGUAUUGGCCAUUAUCGGAGCUGGAGGAUGUUUCACGGGCUCGAACCCAUCUUACACUCCGCAUGAGCUCGCUCAUCAUAUGAAGGCCUCCGAAAGCAAGUUCCUUUUCUCCGAGCCCGAGAUCUUGGAUCCUCUGAUGCGUGCGGCCGAGGAGGCAAAUGUACCCAAGCAGAAUGUUUGGGCUUUCGACAAUCUGGGACAGUCUCUUCCGGGUGAAAUGCGAUCAUGGAGACAGCUAUUGGAAGUCGGAGAGGAGGAUUGGGUGCGAUUCAACGAUUUCGAAACCUGUCAACAGACUACAGCGGCGAGGUUAUUUAGCAGUGGCACCACUGGUCUGCCCAAGGCUGUGACAAUCACACACCACAACCUUAUCGGACAGCAUGAGCUUGUUCACGGUAUAUCGCGGGUAAUUGCGGUACCCAUCUUCCAUGCAUCUGCAGCUCCAGUGUCGCAUAUUUCAACGCUAAAAGCUGGCUCAGUCGCAUAUAUGAUGCGUCGGUUCGACCUCGAGACAUACCUCACUACAGUCGAAAAGUACAACGUCACCGACCUUGCUAUGGUUCCACCAAUCGUGAUAGCAAUCCUCAUGUCCCCUCUUUCUCAAAACAAACCUUAUCUGCGAAAGGCCCGAAUGGCAGGCUGCGGGGCGGCUCCUUUGGACAAGAACGUCCAAGCCAGGUUCCGUUCGCUAAUGGCCGACGACGCCCCAUUCACUCAGGUAUGGGGCAUGACUGAAACAUCGUGUGUGGCUACUAUGUUUCCCCACCCCGAGCACGAUGAUACGGGCUCCGUUGGCCGGCUCAUCCCAAACCUCGAAGCUAAACUGAUCGAUGAAGACGGGAAGAACAUUUCGGCCUUUGGCGUCCGUGGCGAGUUGUGUGUCCGAGGUCCAACAGUGACACCGGGGUACUUCAACAAUCCCGAGGCUAAUGCCGAGGCCUUUGACACUGAGGGUUGGUUCAAAACGGGGGACGUAGCCUAUUGUGACCAGCUUACUCGCAAAUGGUAUAUUGUGGAUCGCAGGAAGGAAUUGAUCAAAGUCCGCGGCUUCCAGGUCGCCCCACCGGAGCUAGAGGCGGUGCUCUUGUCUCACCCACAGAUAGUGGACGCGGCCGUCAUCGGAAUCACCUUCCCUGGUGCUGAUAUCGAGUAUCCGCGCGCCUAUGUGGUUCGACGACCCGGCGAUCCGGGGUCCAAGCUAACGGAAGCUGAGACUCAAGAAUAUGUCUUGAGCCGCCUUGCGAAAUACAAAGCACUCACAGGCGGCGUCAAAUUUGUUGGCGCGAUUGCACGGAACCCAAGUGGAAAGAUCCUGAAGAGAGUAUUGCGUGAAGAUGCUAAGAAAGAAAUCGAGGCUGGGCUUCUGAAGGCUAAACUUUAA